GAACAAUGUCAUUUUCAGCCUGAAGGCCCAAAGAUCUGAGAAUCUGCCAAAAGACAGAGAUCAUCUGCGCAGGCUCCUGAUGCCUGGCUUUGCAUGAGGAGCCAAGAUCUCUUUCACUUUCAAAGAAUGUGUUUACUAGCUGAGGGCUCUGUGAACCCCAUAGCUGCCUUGGCCUGAGACACACACAUCAGUGGGCCCCACAGAAGAGCAGGGGCCGACAUGUCUAACAGAACAAAAGAUCGCUUGGCCUACUACUUGAAGCAACUGAAUAAGGAAGAGCUGAAGAAGUUCCAGAGUCUAUUGCUAACCCAUGUGGCUCCGUCAACCUGUGUCAUGGAUGUGGCCUCAACCCUGGUUUCUUGGUUUGGGGAAAGUCGGGCCUGGAUCCUGGCCUUCCAGACCUGGAAAGACAUGGGCAUGAAGCAGCUCUGCAGCCAGGCCCAGCAAGAGAAGGACCGGGUACUGACCCAUCAUCCCAAAUUACACAGUUCUCCAAGCACAUCUAACAUGGAGUCCUCCAGCCAGCUUGCUUCUAUAGAGAUUACCUCAGACCAUGAAGAUUCAUGUGACCAGAUGCCCAAGAAGAAAACUUUUAAAAAGAAACCUACCAAGUCUGAGUGCAAAAAGAGAGCCCAUCAUCCCAAAUUACACAGUUCUCCAAGCACAUCUAACAUGGAGUCCUCCAGCCAGCUUGCUUCUAUAGAGAUUAUCUCAGACCAUGAAGAUUCAUGUGACCAGAUGCCCAAGAAGAAAACUUUUAAAAAGAAACCUACCAAGUCUGGGUGCAGAACGAGAGGUGAACACUAAGAAGAGAUCAGGCUCGGGCUUCAGCCUCAGCAAAUUUCUUCUCUUGACUUCUCUUAUUUUAGUCUCAUUAACUUUAACCCAAGCCCUUGCUUCUUCCUUCUUUCAAUGUCUUACUUAGCCCCACCCUUCCCAUUCUUUGCACAGUCCACACCCUUGCCUCUUCCUCUUCUCACCUCAACAGCAAAGCAGCCACCUGUGUCCCAGUGCAGACAGACUAGAGAGAGAAGCUCACUGGUCCAAGUUCACAAGCACUCAGAAUCAGAUUCAGGGCAGAAAUCUAGACCAAUCCUGCCUGAGAUAGUGAUUCCUCCAUUCUGCUAUUGCUUGUAAAAGUCCAGCCCUCUCCUACUCUUUCUCUCUCCCUUCAGGGCCCAUUCUUACCCCAUCACACAUCCAGCUCUGGCAAUGGUGGCUACAAGAUCACACUCCACUGCCCUCAGGUGUUACCACUUCCUGUGUGGUGUGGAACAAGUUUGGUAUACCACUGUCUCUCAUUCCUGUCCUCUUGUUAAAGCCACCACAAUUCUUGAGCCAAAUUUGAAGCAAGCUUUAUCAAAUAUUGGCCAGGACAAUGAAUACUGGCCAGGUUUAUCCCUGGGACUCCCAAAGAAUGGCAGUGAAAUACGUUAGUUAGAAACUUAUAAAGGCAACACCCAUAAGGCUACAUACUUCCCACCUUCAUCCAUCAGGGACAAGCAUGCAUCCUGAUGUACUUCCUGCCUACAUUCCACCCACGUAUGUGUGAUCAAGCACAUACUGUGUAGUUGAGGCAACUAAACUCGUUUACAGAAGCAAAAACACAUGGCUUGUUAUCUUAUAGGAAAAACAACCCCUAGCAUUCAAGGGUGCCUUACUGAAAGGGUAUGUGGCGAUGGUUUGGCUAGCACUGGUUACUGUAGUGGCUGUGGUUUGGCUGGCGGUGGAAGAGUCAAUGAAAGGGUAUAAGGCGGCGCUGGUCGGCUCUAGAUCGGCUACCACAGUGGUGCUGGUGACUGGCGCUGGAUACCGUGGUGACAGUUUGCUGUGUCGGAAGAGUCACAAGCCAUGGUCACCAGAGUUAGAAUGGGCUUUAUUAGGAAGAAGUGGGGUGGGGAGUUAGCUCAGUG